AUGGAAGUCUCGGCUUAUUUCGAACGCUAUCAGAAGAUAGUCUCCAUAGAACAGAGAAAGAAUAAUCUUAUCGAGGAACUUCUGCAACGCGUGACGGACCUCGAAGAAGUCUUUUCAAGAGAAAAACUCGAUCAUGAACGGGAAAUGCGCUUCAAUCGAGACAUCCAGAUUCAUGAAAUCGAGUUGAUGGAUAAGCUAUCGAGGGUCAAGACGAUUAUGGACCGUGAACCCUUUGUAGUCGUGCUACUCGACGGAGACGGUAUGAUAUUCAAAGAUGAGUUCCUACAACAAGGAGGGCAAGGUGGACGAAAUGCAGCAUCGCAACUCUCAUCGGCCUUACGGGCUUAUGUCGAAGACAAUUUCCCCGGCAUCUCCGCACCGAAAAUAAUGACCAAGAUAUAUGCGAAUAUGAAGGGAUUAAGCGAAAUCUGUACGCGUGGGCACAUUAUAAAUGAGCAGUCCGCUCUCGACGAUUUUGUUCGUGGCUUCAAUGGAUCUAUGCCACUAUUAGACCUGGUGGAUACCGGAAAAGGGAAACCGUACGACAAGAUAAGAGGAUGCUCGCCCGAGGUCGGGUAUUCUGAAAAAUUGGAAGAUAUACUAGCAGACAGGGAUCUUAUCGGACGAGUGUCAUUGAUUGAAGGAAUCGCAUUCGAUAAAGAUUUGGAGUUAUUAAAACCUUCCUACCGAGUCACUAAUUUCCCAGAUAUCUUCCGAACUACAAAGAUCACCCCUGCUUUGGCACCUUACAAGGCAGCUAUAACUGCAAAGCCUCGUUCCCUGUUCACACCAUCGCCAAUUCAACACACAGUGCCCCUUUCGAGGACAUCAACCAACACAACCUUGGCCAGCAAUAGCACGCCUAUUACCGUGCCUAUAUCGUCUACGAAUUCCGCAAAUACGCCUAGCACAGAUGAGUUCCAAGUUGUGCGUCCAAAGGCGACCAACUUGACCCGUCCAAAGACAGUGGAACGAAAUAGACACGGCCAACGUGUCGACCGGCUUGAUUUCAAGAGCAUUCCACGAGAAGACCUGAAUCGUCUUAAGAAACUGAAACUCUGUAACUUUUACUACCUGCAGGGCGAAUGCCCCAACGAGAAUUGCCAUCAUGAUCACACGCGCAAGCUGAGCAAGAAUGAUUAUUUCAUAUUGUCCGCCAUUGCUCGCAUGACUCCAUGUCGCUUCGGACUAGAAUGUGAAGAUGCAGAGUGUAUGUACGGGCACCGCUGUCCGCAGAGCGAACCUGGCAAAAAGAAUUGCUACUGGGGCUCGAGCUGUCGAUUCGAACCGGAAACUCAUGGAAUUGAUACAACUAUCGUCAAACUGACCAAGGUUUAG